AUGUAUCUCCGGCAGAUUAUUCAACGAUGCGCCUUCUGGUGCGUGCUACUUCCCUGUGCAAUGUUGCACCCACUAGCGACAGUGCGGAAGGACUUGGUACCAGCGGAUCAGCCAGCAGACGCCUUCGGUGAUAACUUCGAAGGUGAUAUACUACUGUCGGACGUGCAGCUGGCGGAGAUGAAGAAGCGUACCGGGAUGUAUCUGCCGACGUUUAUCUGGCCGGAUCGCACCGUACCGUAUCAAAUCGUGGCGACGGACUUUACUUCGGACCAAACGAAUGCCAUUCUGGCGGCAAUGCGUACGAUCGAACUACACACCUGUCUGCGCUUCGUUCCUGCCACUAGCACGACGACUGACUUCAUUCAAAUAACCACCGGAACCGGUUGUUCCUCGUUCGUUGGCCGUGUACGAGGGGCACAAGCACUCCGGCUGCAGCCGAGCACCGUUGGGACGGGAUGCUUCACGCACGGUACGAUCGUUCACGAGCUGAUACACGCGCUCGGCUUCUACCACAUGCAGAGUGCAACGGAACGCGACCAGUACGUGGACAUCCUAUGGCAAAACAUUGCACCCGGACGGGAAGGUAACUUCCAACUGUACGGUACCGAUCGGGUGAUCAACUAUGGUGUCGCGUACGAUUACGACAGCGUGAUGCAUUACCACACGCAUGCGUUCAGUGCGAACGGACAGCCGACGAUCCUGCCGAAGAUGGCGAACGUUGCGAUUGGACAACGCACCGGGAUGAGUCCGGGUGAUAUACAGCGCAUCCGGAACAUGUACCAGUGCUGA